AUGGCCGAAACUUUCGAGUUCCAGGCUGAGAUCUCUCAGCUUCUCUCCCUCAUCAUCAACACCGUCUACUCCAACAAGGAAAUCUUCCUGCGAGAACUUGUCUCCAACGCCUCCGAUGCCUUGGACAAGAUCCGCUACAAGGCGCUGUCCGACCCCAGCCAGCUCGACACUGGCAAGGACCUGCGCAUCGACAUCAUCCCCAACAAGGAGGCCAAGACCCUGACCAUCCGUGAUACCGGUAUCGGUAUGACCAAGGCUGACCUCGUCAACAACCUGGGUACCAUUGCCCGCUCCGGAACCAAGCAGUUCAUGGAGGCCCUGACUGCCGGUGCCGACGUGUCCAUGAUUGGUCAGUUCGGUGUUGGUUUCUACUCUGCCUACCUGGUCGCCGACCGCGUCAGCGUCAUCUCCAAGCACAACGAUGACGAGCAGUACAUCUGGGAAUCCAGCGCCGGUGGCACCUUCAACAUCACCCUCGACACCGAGGGCGAGCGUCUCGGUCGUGGUACCGCCAUCGUCCUCCACCUCAAGGACGAGCAGGCAGACUACCUGAACGAGAGCCGCAUCAAGGAGGUCAUCAAGAAGCACUCCGAGUUCAUCAGCUACCCCAUCUACCUCCACGUUAAGAAGGAGGUCGAGAAGGAGGUUCCCGAUGAGGAGGCUGCUGAGGAGGAGAAGCCCGCCGAGGAGGGCGAGGACAAGAAGCCCAAGGUCGAGGAGGUCGACGAGGAUGAGGAGGACAAGGAGAAGAAGAAGAAGACCAAGAAGGUCAAGGAGACCACCGUCGAGGAGGAGGAGCUCAACAAGCAGAAGCCCAUCUGGACUCGCAACCCCCAGGACAUCACCCAGGAGGAGUACGCCGCCUUCUACAAGUCCCUGUCCAACGACUGGGAGGACCACCUGGGUGUCAAGCACUUCUCCGUCGAGGGUCAGCUCGAGUUCCGCGCCAUCCUCUUCGUCCCCAAGCGUGCUCCCUUUGACCUCUUCGAGACCAAGAAGACCAAGAACAACAUCAAGCUGUACGUCCGCCGCGUCUUCAUCACCGACGACGCCACCGACCUCAUCCCCGAGUGGCUCAGCUUCGUCAAGGGUGUUGUCGACUCUGAGGACCUGCCCCUCAACCUGUCUCGUGAGACUCUUCAGCAGAACAAGAUCAUGAAGGUCAUCAAGAAGAACAUUGUCAAGAAGUCCCUGGAGCUCUUCCAGGAGAUUGCCGAGGACAAGGAGCAGUUUGACAAGUUCUACAGCGCCUUCUCCAAGAACAUCAAGCUCGGUAUCCACGAGGACAGCCAGAACCGCGCCACCCUGGCCAAGCUGCUGCGCUUCAACUCGACCAAGUCUGGCGACGAGAUGACCUCGCUGACCGACUACGUCACCCGCAUGCCCGAGCACCAGAAGAACAUCUACUACAUCACCGGCGAGUCCCUCAAGGCCGUCCAGAAGUCUCCCUUCCUGGACGCCCUCAAGGCCAAGGGCUUCGAGGUCCUCUUCCUCGUCGACCCCAUUGACGAGUACGCCAUGACCCAGCUCAAGGAGUUUGAGGACAAGAAGCUGGUCGACAUCACCAAGGACUUUGAGCUCGAGGAGACCGAGGAGGAGAAGAAGGCCCGCGAGCAGGAGGAGAAGGAGUACGAGGCCCUGGCCAAGGCUCUCAAGAACGUCCUCGGCGACAAGGUUGAGAAGGUCGUUGUCAGCGACAAGCUCGGCCUCUCCCCCUGCGCCAUCCGUACCGGCCAGUUCGGCUGGUCCGCCAACAUGGAGCGUAUCAUGAAGGCCCAGGCCCUCCGCGACACCUCCAUGAGCAGCUACAUGUCCUCCAAGAAGACUUUCGAGAUCUCCCCCAAGUCCCCCAUCAUCCAGGAGCUCAAGAAGAAGGUCGAGGCUGACGGCGAGAACGACCGCACCGUCAAGUCCAUUGUCCAGCUGCUCUUUGAGACCUCGCUGCUCGUCUCUGGCUUCACCAUUGACGAGCCUGCCGGCUUCGCCGAGCGCAUCCACAAGCUCGUCCAGCUCGGCCUCAACAUUGAGGAGGACGACUCCGCCCCCGUUGAGGGCGCCGCCGCCCCGGCCGACGCCCCUGCCGUCGAGACGGGCGACAGCGCCAUGGAGGAGGUUGACUAA